AUGCGUUCGGGAUUAUAUACAGAGCUUCACGCUUCACGCACCCAACCAUGGCUGGCACUGAUCCCAUCUCGAGUACCCACGCAUAACUGCAUGACCGCGGCCUGUACAUACGCUUCAAUAUCUAUGACCAAAAAACAGUUCGCCUUAAAUUUUAUAUGAUACAAGAAGAACACAAAGCACCGGAUGGCCUUGUCAACGGUGAACCUGACGCUGCUGCUCGUCUGAUGCCCCGCAGUGUAGCAGUGCGUGCUUCGACUCGGCCUCUGUCCUCCAUCCGCUUGCAUUUUUCCAAUCUCUCCUGUCUCACUAGCUGUCUAGAAUGUUUCCGCUCUGGAACCGUGUCGGUGCUCUGUGGGGAUUUUGUUCUUUUCUUUUGUACAAAGGGUCGUCCAAUCGUUCUUCAGGUUAUAGUACAUUUUCACAAAUUGCCUCCUGCGGUUACACCUCCGCCUGUAAUACAACGCGAGCCCUUCACUAGCCGGAGCCGGAGCCGGCCUGCUUCUUGCCCCCGUCGGUAUUGUUGUUGCCCUUCGCGCCAUUGUUUUCCGAAUUCGGCUUCUCGUGGCUGGUGCCGUCUGUGCCAGUGCUGCUGCCGGAGCCAUCCGGAUCGUGUCUGUGAGCAGGGUGGUUGGUCAGGUUGUGCCACAUGGACUUGAGGAAGCCCUCGUUCUGGUGAGAGGCAGGGUCGUCGUCCUUGGAGGCUUGUGAUGACGAGGGGGAGCUACAUCGUCGAGACCUUAGC